GGAUGUUUCAUUGAAAUCUCCUACCUGUUUCUCUAUAUCAUUUAUGCACCAAGAGAGGCCAAGAUAUCCACGUUGAAGUUGAUAGUGAUAUGCAACAUCGGUGGACUUGGUCUCUUAAUUCUUCUAGUCAAUCUCUUGGUUCCAAAACAACACCGUGUCUCGACCGUUGGAUGGGUUUGUGCUGCUUACAGUCUCGCCGUCUUUGCUUCUCCCUUAAGCGUCAUGAGGAAGGUUAUAAAGACAAAAAGUGUGGAGUACAUGCCGUUUCUUCUCUCCUUGUCUCUCACUCUUAACGCCGUCAUGUGGUUCUUUUAUGGACUUCUUAUCAAAGACAAGUUCAUCGCUAUGCCAAACAUUCUCGGUUUUCUAUUCGGUGUAGCUCAGAUGAUACUAUACAUGAUGUAUCAAGGUUCCACGAAAACGGAUUUGCCAACAGAGAACCAACUUGCAAAUAAAACCGAUGUAAACGAAGUGCCGAUCGUGGCCGUUGAAUUGCCUGAUGUGAGAUCAGACAAUGUUGAAGGAUCGGCUAGGCCAAUGAAGUGAAGGGAAAACAUGCAUGGCGAAGAUACAUGGGAGAUGUUAUCGUAUGAUUGAAGAAUAAACGUUAAUUUCUAUGUUCUGUCAGUUUGAGUUGGUCUAACCAAACCAAUGUUAUAAUUGUUUUGAUCAUCACCAAACCUUGAUAAAUGAUAAUUUAGUAUUAACUA